CAUUCCAAUUACACACUCUCAUUGGUCAUUACAAUAAAUCACCAAGCCCAAAUAAGUCAAUCCAAAAAAAUCUACACAUACAUCCAUGGCCAUAAUAAUAAUUUUUUUUAUUAUAAUUUUCUUUCAAUCCCCCCCAAAAAUAUAUAAAUAUAUAAAAAUGAUCAAACCAAACUCAUAAUUCCAUAACUGAAAGUCACUAAUGGAUGAGACCACCACCACCAUCAUGGCAGCACUAGCCACCCUCCCAACUCCCCAACUCUCAAAUCUCACUCGCUCCAUCUUCUCCGAAACCCUUCACCGGCGACGCCGUCUCGCCGCCGUACUCUCUUCACCAACUCUCUUCUCUUUGACCCUCCACCGCCUUCACCACCUCUCUCUCCAUGACAAGACCCUCCUCAUCGCUCGCUACCUCCUCUCCUCUCUCCGCCACCUUACCCUCAAAACUACUACUACUACUAAUUAUAACUCUUUUCUCAGAACAAGAGACUUCGACGCCGUUUUGCUACUCCUCCACUUGUGCGAAGUACGCCAGCACAGCCCGGAAACCCUCGAAAUGUCGCCGUUUAACCAAUGGCGACUAACUCUGCGCAGUCUCUACGCCGAGACUCUCUUGUCAUUUGGCUCUAUAGGCAUUGGAGUUCACAACGGGUCGUUAUUAGUUCCUUAUAUAGAAACGGUUGCAAGGUGUUUGAGGUUCGUUGUUAUCGGUAGUGGAGGUGACGUGGCAGAUGCGGUGUCGGCGGUAGUUGCGCUGCCGUCUGUAGUGGUGGGCGGCGGUGGCGGUGAGUGUGUGAUAUGUAAGGAGGAAAUGAGAGAAGGGAGAGAGGUGUGUGAGCUGCCGUGUCGACACCUGUACCAUUGGAAGUGUAUUCUGCCUUGGUUUAAGAAGAGGAACACGUGUCCUUACUGUAGGUUUCAACUCCCUACGGAUGAUCUAUUUGGGGAGAUCCAACGGCUGUGGAGCCUCCUUGUCAAGAUGAGUGGGACCGGCUUCAAGGAAUGAUUUGCUUUGGUUUGACUUGAUUGCACGUGUCGCAAUCAGAUGAGGCUUCUCGAGUUUGAAGAGAUGAAUGCUGUUACGUGGUCAUUGAAUGAAUUGUAGCUGUUUUGAUAAUGACACGUGUGGUUUGGUGUAUGUAGGCUGUAGCCAUUGGAUUUUUUUUUUGUUGGUUUACUUUAAAAAAAAAUAAUAAUGAAAAUAAACAAUAGGAAAUUGUAUAAUUGCACUAGGGAUUUGGCAGCUUCAAUUAAUGUAUAACACCAUGCAAACGACGUAGUUUAAUUUAAUAUUAGUUUCCAUAUCGUUUAUCGUUUGUUA